AUGUCAUACCAAUACGAGAAUUAUGACCCCUCCUUCCCCGACCAACCUGUCGUUGACUUAUACCUCCCUGUUUGGGCAAGAUUACCAGCUUUCCACUCCAAACCAGCUUUCAUUUGGGCUCAAGACUCCCACACCACCACCACUCUCCUCACCUACCAACAACUCAACACCAAUGUUCAUCUCAUCUCCUCACAGUUGCAGGGUUCACUGCAAAGAGGAGACACUGUUCUUCUUCUCUGUUCUCCAGGACUUGACCUAGUUGAACUCAUUUUCGGUUGCCAAAGAGCUGGUCUCUUGAGCGUACCUAUCGUCCCUCCCCACCCUUCUUUCUCCAAACAAAACUAUCACCACCUCGUACGAGCCAUUUCUCAGACCAAACCCAAAGCUGCCAUAGCUCACUCUCACUACAUUUCAAGCAUUCGACACUACCUCUCCUCCCCCCACAACAACACCAAGCUUGCUCACAUGCUGCAAACCCUCCACUGGAUUUCCAUUGACCAUGUCAAACACGGUACUGUGAACAACCGUGAUUCCCUAACGUACAGUGGUUGCAAAGCUGAUGAAGUUUAUUUGGUUCAGUACACUUCUGGAGCCACUGGGAUCCCAAAACCCGUGCUUGUCACUGCUGGUUCAGCUGCUCACAACGUUAGAACAGCGAGAAAAGCUUACGAUCUUCAUCCAAACAGCACCAUCGUUUCGUGGCUGCCACAGUACCAUGAUUGUGGCCUCAUGUUUCUGUUGCUGACCAUUGUCUCCGGUGCCACGUGUGUUCUCACGUCCCCAAACGCGUUCAUCAAACGCCCCAGACUCUGGCUUGAACUCUUGUCCGAAUUCAAGGCCACUUGCACUCCCGUUCCAUCCUUCACAUUGCCACUGGUCAUCAAGCGUGGAGGGAUUCACCAAAGAACUUUACCCAUCAACCUAUCAACUUUGAAGAACCUUAUAAUCAUCAACGAACCUAUCUAUAGCGACUCUGUGGAAGAAUUCGUUCAUACUUUUUCACCAUUCGGGUUAAGCCCUUCUUCUAUCUCUCCUUCCUACGGGUUAGCAGAAAAUUGCACCUUUGUGUCCACUGCGUGGAGGAACUGUCACAGUGACAAAGAUGGUGCUUAUGCUUCUUCCAGCUUCCCAGAUUUCCCAACUCACAACAAACUGUUACCGGUUGCAAGACUCGGAAACGUGGAGCAGGAAGACGUGGAGAUUAUGGUCGUAAACGAAGAAACCUUGGAGCCGAGUGAGGAUGGCGUCGAAGGAGAAAUUUGGGUUGCUUCACCAAGUAAUGCUUCUGGGUACCUUGGCCACCCUAGUUUAACGAGAGAGGUGUUUCAUGGAAGAUUGAGAAACAUGGUUAGUAAGUGCUUUCUUCGAACUGGGGACAAAGGCAUCGUGAAAGGAGAAAAGAGAUACCUCUUUGUUACUGGUCGAUGUCAAGAUGUUAUGGAACUUCAAAACGGUGAGAAGGUUCAUCCACAUUACAUAGAGACAGCAGCUUACAACAGUUGCCCCAAGUUACUCAGAGGAGGCUGCAUUGCAGCGUUUAAAGUUUCAGCAACGGCGGUGGUUGUGGCAGAGAUGCAGAGGUUCGAAAAGGAUGUGGAUGUGGUUGUGUUGAAGUGGGUCUGUGAGAGAAUUAAGGCAUGUGUUUGGAAGAAGGAGAAGGUAGAGAUUGGAUGGGUGGUUUUGGUUAAGAGUGAGUGUGUUCCCAAAACCACUUCUGGAAAAUUGCAAAGAGGGAGGUGUAAGGAAAAGCUUCUUGCAGGGGACAUGGUGAUUCUGAUGGAGAUGCGAUUUGAGAAAGAUGUUACUGUUUUUACGAGAGCACAGAAGGUAGGAGAAGAAGCUUGGGAAGAGAAGGGUCACGUGACAAGAUCCCUUUCAUGUAUGGACACUCCUAGCUCUCUAAUAUCUCUUCUGUGA